AUGGCCAAGGCUAAAGAUUCAAGAACCAUGAUUAAAAUGGUUUCAAGUGCAUUAACAGGAUAUGAAAAAUGGUUUAGAAUACCCAGAAGAACACCAAAAUUGAACUUAAUAUUAUAUGACCCAAAAGCUCAAAGACAUUGUCUAUUUACAGAAGCAAGAAAAAGAAAAAUACCAGAACCAACACCAAAAGAUUAUAUAAGAAGUCACAGGUAA